GCUGCUAGUGCGUAUCGGGGUUUGACGAGCCUUGUCAUAUUGUGAGAGAGCGCCUUCCUCUUCGUCUCUCCAUUUCUUUCCAUCACCCGAUCGCAUUCUUGAGCUGUGAGACACAGGGGGGUGGGGUGGGGGAACCAGAUGGCCGAGCUUCUGCGGGUCCGAAAGAAGCAUCUCCAAACUCCGGUCAGCAGGUUAAGGUGCAUGCUGAAACAGCUCAAUGAGAGCGAUGUGGACUUCGAAGACCUGAAAAAAAACUUAGAAUACACCGCAUCCCUGCUUGAAGCGGUCUACAUCGACGAGACAAGCAGGCAGGCUCUUGACCUUAAGGAUGAGCUGCAGCAGCUUCGCUCUGACGCCGUGCCCUCGGAGGUCCGGGACUGGCUGGCCUCCACCUUCACGCAGAGACCACAGCGCCCUGCGCGGCGCUCCAGUGAGAAGCCGCGGUUUCGCAGUAUCGUCCACGCAGUGCAGGCUGGGAUAUUUGUUGAGAGGAUGUUUCAGAAGGCCUACACCACAGCUCUGCCAAACCAGCCAUCAGGAGUUAUUCAUCGUCUCCGGGACAUCAACAGGUGGAGUUUCAAUGUAUUCGCGCUGAAUUUGGCGAGUGAAGGACAUUCGCUGCAAACCUUGUUCAUGGAGCUGAUCACAAGAUAUGAGCUCGGCAGCCGGUUUAAGAUUCCCAUUUCAUACAUGCUGUCUUUCUUGUCCGCACUGGAGAAAGGAUACAGCAAACAUAGCAACCCAUACCACAGCCACACCCAUGCCGCUGAUGUCACCCAGACGCUUCACUGCCUGCUGCUCCGCACGGGACUCGUGCACUGGCUGUCUGAGCUGGAGGUCCUUGCAUCCCUGUUUGCUGCCGCCAUCCAUGACUAUGAGCACACAGGGACCACAAACAGCUUUCACAUACACACACGGUCUGACUUUGCGCUGAUCUACAAUGACCGCUCAGUACAGGAGAGCCACCACGUCAGUGCUGCCUUUCGUCUGCUGCAGGACGAGAGCAUGAACAUUUUCACCAAUCUAUCUCGUGAGGAAUGGAUGGAACUGCGAGCCUUAGUGAUAGAGAUGGUCUUGGCCACAGACAUGUCCUACCAUCUCCAGCAGGUCAAAGCCUUGAAAGCCUGCCUGCAGCAGCCAGAAGGGAUCGAGAAGCCAAAAGCACUGUCCCUGCUGCUUCACACUGCUGACAUCAGCCACCCAACGAAACCCUGGGCUCUGCACUCACGCUGGACCAAGGCGCUGAUGGAGGAGUUCUUCAGACAGGGUGACAAAGAGGAAGAACUAGGCCUCCCCCUCUCCCCUUUAUGCGAUCGCAAGAACACCUUAGUAGCUCAAUCCCAGAUAGGCUUCAUCGACUUCAUAGUUGACCCCACCUUCUCCCUGUUGACGGACAUGGCAGAAAAGAUAGUCAUCCCCUUGGUUCAAGAGCAUCCAGACCCACCAGACCCUUCCAAACGGCACAGUUCCCUGUGGAGGGAGAGCUCAAGAGGCCUUGAGUGGAAUCUCGCUCACGUCACGGCAGAGCUCGUCAGCUUCCGCUCCACUUGGAGUCGCCACUCUGAAGAAAACAAGAUGAAGUGGAAGGAAAGGGCAUGCAAUGGGCUGACAGAUCAGAGUUCCAUCGAGGAGCUGUCCUCAAGCACAGAGGACUCCACAGAGGAGCCCACCAAAGACCUCCACGAGCAAUAACACUAAACGACAGGCAGCAUCCACACGCGGAAAUCUGGCCAAACGCCAUGUACUUCGUCAAAGAAAUACUGACCAAACUGCCUUUCCGUCCUCAGGAACUGUCCAAUGGGAGUGAACACUUGGGAUCUGUGAGUUCUGAUAGGAGCAUUUCCUUAAUGUUUUAUUUUUAACACAAGCUGCCUCUUGAAUGAAAUCACAAACAGUUGCCAUUAUGAUGUCAGUUACAGGAGAUCUCUUUUAUAACACUGCAGCUCCUUACCAAAUGGGAAAAUACAUGCUGGUCAUGUUAGCUGACACCUAAGAAAGUGUUUUUAAACCAAUGUUGCUAUUUAGUCAAAUCCAUUAUUCCAUUAUUACGCUAACAUAUACUCUCAAUGGCCCUUUUAUUACAUACACCAGGGGUCACCAACAUGGUGCCCCCAAGGACCACAUGAGUCGCCCGCAGACCUGUUCUAAAAAUAGCCCAACUCACCAGUGAGCAGCGCCUAAAAUUUAAUUAUAUCCUGUUGCUAUUCUUCU